AAUCUUUCUAGCCUUCACCCAUAGAAAAAUGCGUCUCGAGUGAAAUCGUCUUUCCAAGCAUCAAAAUUGGACAAUGCGCAAAUACAUACGUUUUGUUGCCUUUUGCUCUUGCGUUGAUAUACUGCGCAAAAGCAGAGAUAAUAAUCUCGAAAGACAAAAAUUGAGCGUACAAAACUAAUAUGGCAACCAUACAAGUAUCUCUUCAAGUAGAUAAAACAGUCUCUUGUAAGCAGAAUCGGUAAAUCUCACGAUCGGCAGAGCGUAUAAAUUGAAGCGCGCGCAAAAGCAUUGGUGUAACUUGUCCUUUUCCACCUCCACAGAUACAACAGCCAUGACUCAAGAAAGCAAACUGAAGAAUAAGGUCGCCGUCGUUACAGGAGGAUCUAAAGGAAUUGGUAAAGCGCUUGUUACUGCACUCGUUGAGCAAGGAGCCAAGGUCGUUAUUGGAGAUAUUUUAGUCAACGAAGGAGAAGAGCUAGCCAAAGCAUUGAACAGCAAGCAAUCAGAUAAUAUCGCAGUCUUCGUACGCACUGAUGUGACAUCCUGGGAUGAUAACAAGAAGCUGUUUGCAACGGCCGAGAAAGAGUUCGGUGGCGUCGAUAUCGCUUGCUUGAAUGCAGGUAUAUCAGAGCACCCAGAGACUCUUUUUGGACCGCUUGAAGGGGAAUCCAUGACAUUGAAGAUAAAUUUAGAUGGUGUGAUUAAGGGCAACCGAGUCGCUAUUUUGCAUCUUGCAAAGAGGGGAGGAGGAGUCAUUGUCAAUACUGCUUCACUUGCAGGCUUUGUAGGCACAAGCGUAAUUCCGCACUACACAGCAUCGAAACAUGGCGUCGUUGGCUGGACUAGGUCAAUGCAACCAAUGAAAGACGUCGCCAACGUCCGUGUGAAUGCUGUGUGUCCAUACUGGGUGGAGACUGACAUACUUAACGGUAUUAAAGUUCCUGGCACUGGCUUUAUCGAUGUAUCGCCGAAGGUACCCAUGGAGACAGUAAUGGAUGCGUAUAUGACAGCCAUUUUGGAUGAAAGCCAGCAUUGCCAGACUAUUGUAGCCCUGCCUGACGGCGUUCAGGUCCAACCUGCCUUCAAUCUAUGGGAAUCAUGUGUGACGGAGGAAAUGAUACAAUCCAAAAUGGUAGAUUACAAAGAAGAGGUGGAAGCGCUGAAGUCUGGAUUGAAGGAAGCUCGUAUGCGAGCAAACAUAUAAGUUGGUGAUAAGCACUGAUGGUGAUGAACGUACCAUGACGUUUAGGAAGGGAUACCUCCUUGACCGAGAUACAUGCCUUUUUUUAAUUCCUUGGGUUCGCUUGCCCAUAACUAAAUAAAUA